ACACUUUGAACUGCGAAAACAUUCCAUCUUGUCCAUUGUUUUGGAGCGGCAGCCAUGGAAAAGUAUGUAAAAAGGAAUUAAAAUGAUUUAAUUAUAUGAUAAAUGUCAAAAAGAGUGUUUGUGAAAAAAUAAUCAGUAAACAAAUCAAAUAAUUUUGUGACACAUCACAGAUCAUACAUUUCUUCUGCUGUGCCCUUUUAUAAUGCGUCACUAUAAAAAGAAAACCGUCUUAGCUGGGAGAAUGUCAUUACAUAAAUUAAUUUACAAGUGGGGCACUGUGGCCUGGAUCCAUGAGAAAUCAUGAGAAAACAUCCAGAUGGUUAUGUGUGGCAGAUGAAGUCACUGCAGGACUCUAUUCAACAACUGUAUAAUCAUUCUUCGGGGCGUUUAAAAGAUAUUAUUAAAAAAAAUCAAGAAAACUUAUAUAGAAGAUAUAUUUCAUUUAAAAAAAACUAUGAUCAACCUAUUGAGAAAAGCAACUUAUGGAGCACAGUUUUCACAAGUUAUCACAAAUUAGAAAAAAAAAAAAAAAAAACGGGGUCGCAGUACCUGUCACCGCCUGCAGAGGGCAGUCACGUGCUGCCUGCCGGUUACGUUUAGAAGAAGAAAAGGAUGUUUACGUCAGACGCAGAGCUCACGAUGGCGGUUGAUUUGACUCCUCGGUUCAGAAGGUUGAACAGCCAAACGAGAAGUUUUCGUGAAAAUAUACAGCAUGGUUUCUCUGGGCCCUUCGGUGCUACCCAGCUAUGGCACAACAUCAUCCAGGCCUUGCAAACCCAGGUGGAGGUGCGCCGCUGUAGAAGGAAUCUCCGCGUUCAUGCCGAAUGUUUCACGGGCUCGGACGCUGUGGAUGCCGUCCUCAGUUAUUUGAUGCAAAAUGUGGUGUUUUGCACAAGUGAAGUGUCUCGCCUCAAAGCUGCUCGUCUCUGCCAGGCCCUGAUGGAGGCCAAGGUGUUCGAACCAGUGGGUACGAAGUUGUUUCGCAGAGAAAAGGAAGUGACCUUUGAGGACAGCGGCUGCAGCCUUUAUCGUUUUCUGGAGUAUAAAGUGUUACCCAAUUCUCCCAUGAAGGAGUGCAGUAGUGACACAGAGAACAUGCCACCAGAGCUACAGGAGAUAAAAAGGAAGAAGAGCUCCAGGCUGAAGGAACUGAGGACGAUCUCUAAUCCACUUGCUGUUGGACCAUCAGACAGGAGGGUUGAGAGGCUGCUGAAGACCAUCAACCUGCGACCAACCUUGGCACCAGCUCUAAACACAGCACACACUAACUCUACCUUUCUGUCCAAAGCUGUGGUGGAUGAGGUGUGGAAGAAGCAAACGCUGCUGCAGCUGCUGCAGAUAGUAGAGUUGCCCAUGCUGGAUUGUAUCCUGACCUCUCCUGUCAGAGUUCAGCUCCGGGCCUGCAGAGCUCCUCUGGCCACCCAGGACCUGGUUAUCUCUAACACGUGCCUCGAGAGAGAGCUGCCAGACACCCUUAAUCUGCCCCAAUUGGAUGGGUGGCUGUCGGCAGCAGCAGACUGCUUGGAGCUCUUUCCCGACCAGGUGAUUGUGGUUGCAGGGGAACAGCUCGGACAACAAGGUGGCAAAGCCUUUUCAGAAGAUAGCCAGGCAGAGCAGAUGGGAAGCCAAAAGAGACUGCUCUUUGACACCAUUGCUAAAUACUACAGUGGACAGGAAAAAGCUCCACUUCUCUCAGGACGACACCUGGACAUACAUGCUGCAGUUCUGAAUUUGCUGGAUGAAGGGAAGGUGCAGGAGGCCAUCAAAGCAUCUCAGUUGUGUUUCCGACUGCUGGAGACAAGCAUGAGAGAUGAACUCAGGAGACUACUGGCCUUUAUGGCCACAGCAGCUAACCCGGACGCUUGUCGUCUGCAGAAACAGAUUGAUAACAGGGCCUUGGUCUGCCGCAGUUUUCAGAGAGCAAUUGUCCAGAAUCAUGAAUUGAAUCGAUCCCAAAGCGAAACCCUGGUGCUUUUUCUCAUGGACAAUUGCAGUGAGCUCUUCAAGACUCCUACAUCCCUUAUUGAAGCUGUGAGGAAAACACUGAGGACUAUGCAGCAGGGAAAAGACCCUGACUCAAUUGCCACGUUCACCUUCUGCCAGCAGGUGACGCCACAGGAGUACGAGGACCAGCGGGAGGCUACCACCCUGGAGAGCCUCAAACAGCUUCUUCGAGACGUUUCUUCAAGCAAAACCAUACCUGUCAAGGAGAGGAGGAGGCUGCUCAAAGAGUUUGAAAAACAUCACCCCGUGGUCUUCCUCCAGCAUCUGUCCAGCACCUUCUGAAACAACUGAAGAGUAUUGGUUUGACUUCCUAGGUGCACUUCACAAAGCCAGUUUGUUUGGUACGGCGCUUACACUGAAGAAGAAUAAUAAUUUAAUGCACAAAAUGCUGUUUUUGUAAAUUUGGAUACUUUAAAAACUGGAAUACAAGUCACAGCUCUGAUCUCAUCUAAUGUCUAGCUGUAGAGAGGAAUUGACACCUUAGGUGACAAUCAGCACAGAUUCUUCUAUAAUUAAUUCUGCGAAGGCAUGACUGAAGCCUCCCCAAAUUCCUUUAAGUCACAAGAGGCCUAUAAUAGUUGAGGUUUUAUUUUUAGAUAGUCUUGUUUGUUUUUAGUCCUAUGGCACUGGAUGCAUUAUCUGUCUGAUAAAUAUUGUGUGUUCAAGCCAUAGGUGUAAUUAUAGUUCUAUUGCACUAGUUUAUAAAGAAUGACAUAUCAUCUCAUCUAUAUUUGGUGCCUAAAGGGGGGUAUUCAUUUUUAAUUAUACUUUAGUGACACUAAUUUUAUGUUGUAAAGAUGAAUAAUGUUUAAAGUGGGCAUUUCCUUUUGUGCACUACAUUGUUCAGAUAUUACUUUAUAAUACUGUAUAUGUAAAGUAUACAAACCUAAAAGGGAUUAAUGACUAUUAGUGAGCUGCAGCUUGUGGACUAAUUAAUGUAUUUCUUGCAGGUAUGGAUACUGCCUUUAAAUAAACAGAUAUUUAAAUUAGGUUUAUCUGAGCUUUGGAAAUGGAUCUGUGAUUUGUAGAAGUGAUGUUGUGCACUUUGAUCAGGCAUUAAUAUUAAUGAUGAAUAACACUAUUAUAGCAGCCACUUUGAUUGAAUGCCGCAAGUGUUGUCGAUUUUUGUCCUGUUCUGUUUAAAUGUAGCAUGCUGUAGUGCAGGUAAGGAAAACUGUUAACACUAAUGUAGCUGAAUACGUUUUUAACACAGUUAGAGAUGAAGACUUUUCAGUGAAGAUCUUAAAAUGAAAACUAAUAUGAAAUGAAAGCAGAAAGGCUACAAUAAUUUAUUAGUGCUAACCAUAACUCAGGUUAAUAUAAUGACUUAUAAUUUUAGCGGUUUUAAGCUUUUAGUUCCAAAUGUCUUUUUAAUUGUAACCUUUUAGGAUUUUACUUGAAAGUUGGACAUAAUGUGUUUUGAUUGAAUAUUUUACUAAUUCUCUUUUUGGUUAAGCAUGAUGCCUCAGUUGGAUUUGUUUCUUUUUAAUUCAUGAAGCCAUAAUCAUGCAGAAGUAAUGUACAUUCAGCAUCUUUUGUUCUUUACAUACACUGAAAUCAUGUUAGAAUGCACUUUAUGAUGCUGAAACAUGCUUUAUUUUCUCUCUUGGAAUAACGCAUCUGAUAAAAGUUUAACUGAUGUACUCUCACAA